AGCGGUAGUCGGCGGUGGUGGGCGAGUAUUCCGGAGCAAGUGGAAUCCGCCGUGUGCAUUCGAGCAGUCGGCCACCAGCCUCUCACCGCGAAGCGUUUCGUUUUGUCCCUCUCUCCCGUUGCCGUUCGGCUCUCUCGAGUCAGCGUCGAUCAGCUCUCGCGCGUUUCCCUUGUCCCGCCUCGCCUCGACUCGCCUCGCCUCGCCAGGAACACUCGCUCGGAUCCAUCCACGCUUCCAUCCCGCGGCCGACGUCCGCCCUGGACCGCGAAAUCACCGCGCCAACCCCGUCCGGCGUGUGGCUCGCCGAGGGUGAUGUGAACAAAGCCGAGCGCGCAGCUCGCGAGCAGCACGUGUGUGGAGGUGCACGUGACGAUCAAUCGGGGACCGUGAGCGAUGGAUCGAUAGACUGCGGGAUGGCCUGAGAGGAUCGUGACAUGAGAAGACGACUGCGAAAAUGACGAGGAGCAGCGGCAUGAACGGACGAGGAGUCGGCGACGGCGAAGGACCACUGUUCCUGCUCCUCAUCGCAUUGACUCCUGUUAUCUGCUCGGCCGGAAUCCUGGACCCUUGGCAAUGGGCGCGCAGCGAUCGGAUCGAAGUCAACAUACCUUGGCUGCCUUUUAUUUUAGUCGAGAACGAGACUCGCUGCUACGACGAGCUGGGCUGCCUGAACAUCACCAGGAACUGGUACCACCUCAUCCAUCGGCCGCUCAACGUCUUCCCGUUGCCGCGAGAAGUCAUCAAUACCAGGUUCAUCCUCUACACCCAUCAGAACCCCCUCGAAGGUCAGGUGUUGAAAGUAGCCAAGGACAAGUCCAUCGAGCACUCGAACUUUAACCCCAAGCGUAAAACUAAAUUUAUCAUACACGGCUUCAUCGACACGCCUCUCAGCAACUGGGUGAAGGAGAUGAGAAGCGAGCUGUUGGUACACGACGACUACAACGUUAUCGUGGUCGACUGGGCAGGUGGGAGUCUACCUUUGUACACCCAAGCGACGGCGAACACGAGACUGGUCGGCCUGGAGUUGGCUCAUCUCAUUAAACAUUUGCAAACCAAUUACGGCUUGGAGCCGAACGACGUGCACCUGAUCGGCCACAGCCUCGGCGCGCACACGGCCGGUUACGCGGGCGAGAAACUGGGCGGCAAUAUCGGCCGCAUCACCGGCUUGGAUCCCGCGGAGCCGUACUUCCAGGGGAUGCCGAGCCACCUUCGACUGGACUACACGGACGCCCGGCUGGUGGACGUGAUACACACCGACGGCAAGAGCAUUUUCUUUUUAGGCCUUCCAGGGUACGGGAUGAGCCAGCCGUGCGGCCACUUGGACUUCUACCCGAACAACGGCAAGGAGCAGCCCGGAUGCACCGAUCUGAGCGAGACCACGCCGUCGUUGCCGCUGACCUUGAUACGCGAAGGCCUCGAGGAGGCGUCGCGCGUCCUGGUCGCCUGCAACCACGUGCGCGCGCUGAAGCUCUUCGUCGAGAGCAUCAACUCCAAGUGCCAGUACGUGGCGCACGAGUGCUCGAGCUACGCCAGCUUCCUGCGCGGCGAGUGCUUCUCCUGCAAGAGCAACAACAGCCUGAGCUGCGGCGUCAUGGGCUACCACGCGGACACCAGCCCGGCGUUGGUCAAGCGCCAGGCGAUGGGACAGGACGUCUCGACCCUGCUGGGCUCCAAGUUCUUCUUCAUCACCGGCAAGGAGGACCCGUACUGCAGAAGGCAUUACAGGAUCACCAUCAACCUCGCACGUCCGACUACCGCGGAGAGCUGGGUGCAGGGCUUCAUGAAAGUCACUCUCCACGCCGACAACGGCGUCAUACGCAACAUGGAUCUAACGCCCAGUGGUUACAUGAAAUUGGAGCACGGCUCGACGGCGCGAAUGGUCGUGGCCCAUCCGACCGGUUCUAUUGGCAACCUCGGUAAGGUCAGGCGAGUUGAACUCUCCUGGGUGUACGACAUGGACGUGCUGCAACCUCGUUCUCUGUGCUUCUUCUGGUGCAACGAUCACCUUUACGUCAACAGCGUCUCCGUGGACGCCAUGGACCUGCCGGGAAGAGGGAAACGAGAGGCGGAUUUCUCCAGCAAGCUCUGCUCGGCCGGCAGACAGGAGUACGCGGAAAUCGCGAGCGGAUCCACCGCCUCGUUCGUCGACAAUUGCUGACGAUCCGUCCGGGAGAGCGCCGUAAUGCGGAUGAAGCGCGCUCGGAGACGUCGUCUCGACCCUGUGUCGUCUCGAUAAUUACGAAACUGCGCCAACAGCUGCCUCUGAGAGGGUCCAUCCGGUGGUUCUCGAAAGUCGGACGAUGAUUAAGCGAAGCAUGCGCUCGCCCGAGGAAUAGUCCGGGAUCGCGGAGCCUCGUCGUAAUAAUCUCGUCGUCGUAAUUCCUUUCGCUAAUGAUACGACGGGGAGGCGAGGGUUUCAUGUGUUUGACUUUCUUCCUAUUUGUCGCAACCGAGCGUCACUUUCUUCACAAACACAGUCCGAUACGACGGCGGCUCGCUAAUUGGCAGAGUCUCAGCGCAAGACCGGACUUGUGGGACCCAGCAGAAAGAAACGACCGCCAACUUAUGCGGACGGACGACGGCGGAUUGGAUGAGAGCGAAGCGCCGCUUCGCACGGACACUUACACGAGUUCCUAAAGAGAUCUGUCCACGCAUUCGGCGAAAAUGAAAUCCCCGACCGCGCCGCUCCCGACGCGUGACGAUUGCGGAAGAGUUCGUAGGAGACGAAACUUUCGGCGACUCGUCUGACUCGUUAGACGCGAAAUUGAAAGCCAACGGAGAAUCGGCCCGACCUUUCUCGGCUACUCCCGACGAAUGAUUUCUUCUUCAGUAUUACAUAUCGUUCGAUUUGCUACAUGUACAUCUUGUAUAUAAUGUCAGAUGUUAACGUUAAGGCUCCAAUCUCUCUUUCGGAUGUGAUUGGAUCGCGGAUUUGCAGUGAUCGUUACUUUGUAAGGUACUCCUUAUUAAGCCAUUAAUGCAUAUAUUACACGUCGAUACAUACAUAUCCUUUUUUUUUACGAUGAUUUUUCUUACUAUCGUGUAUCGCCUCACGCGACACGAAUAUGAUAAUAGCUUGUGAUAUUCUCUCGUUAAGAAUUCUGCGUGAAGAAGUGCGCGCAGAACGCGGUGACUCGAGGGGGCGAGCGACUGUAUCGUUGUUUGCUCGCAGUCCUUGCGUCAAUGAAAUGUACAAAAUACGCCCAAUGUGGAAAGAGAAUCCGUCGCUAAGUGAUAAGAGAUCACGUACCGCGACCUGUACCAUACCAGUUUGAGUGUGAAUUGUUGCGAUGUGAAAUAAAAUUCAUCCGCAAAAAGACGA